UUUCUGGCCCUCUGGCCGUUUUCAUCACAACAGGAUCCUCUCAUUUGUUUGUUUCCCUCCUGACUGUCUGCCAUUUUUCAUCCUAUCUGACUUGGCCCGGUGGUAUACGAGUUAUCCUUCGCUCCUCUACACAUUUUUAUUCACCUUUUUGCACCAAAGUGGUUCACUGAGAGGCUUCAUCCUGGCCGGCAACAUUCCAGCCAAGGGGGAAGAGGACUUCCUGACACUGGCUGCUUCGCGGCUCAGUCGCAGGAAACGUGUCAUUGGCGCUGGUGUAGGUGUGGCAAUGGUUCUAAUACUGUUAGUAGCCAUUCCCAUACUGGUCCACACAACCAAAGGGGGGAAUACUGGAAAUUCAGGAAGCCAUUAUGAAAUGCUAGGAAGCUGCCGGAUGGUAUGUGACCCGUACACCACCUCUCAGCCAGGCCAGGAGCUGACGGCUGUGUCUCCACCACCCCAGGAUUACUCUGGGAAGAAGAUAAAGUCUGGGCUUCGUGGGCCUCCGGGGUUGCCAGGUCCUCCAGGAGCACGUGGACCCCCUGGUGAGCCAGGCAAACCAGGUCCACAGGGGCCCCCUGGUCCAGGACCAGGUGGCUAUUCGCCCUCGCUUUACACACCCAAGAUUGCCUUUUAUGCAGGGCUACGCAAGCAGCACGAGGGGAAUGAAAUAUUGAAGUUUGAUGAUGUGGUGACCAAUGUAGGAAACUACUAUGAGCCCAGCACCGGCAAAUUCACCUGCCCUCUGCCUGGCAUCUACUUCUUCACCUACCAUGUUCUCAUGAGAGGUGGUGACGGGACCAGCAUGUGGGCAGACCUGAGGAAGAACGGACUGGUGAGAGCCAGUGCCAUCGCUCAGGACGCAGAUCAGAAUUACGACUACGCUUCUAACAGUGUGAUCCUGCAUUUGGACGUGGGCGAUGAGGUGUGUGUGCAGCUGGACGGAGGCAAAGUCCACGGAGGGAACACAAACAAGUACAGCACCUUCUCCGGCUUCCUUAUCUACCCAGACUGAAUCUAAUCAUUACUCUCGCUGCGGGAGGAGUGGUUAGAGGAACAUCAGUGUACACAAAGAUAUAUCACAAGUAUAUUUUCACACCAACACAGACAUGUAUGCAAAUGAAUGCAGAUACACAGACAUGCAUCACAAGACACACACACACAAACAUCCUGAGAGUCCAACAAAAAGAGGUGUGAACAGAGGGAAAACCCAGCACGAGUGGAACUAAGUUGAAUUGUGUGACAGUAAUUAUGAGCAGUUGAGAUUACUGGUGCCCAUUUUGCGCAAAAAAUGGAAAUGGGAAUAUGUACAGUUUAAGUGCACAUUAAAAUCGCACGUUGUGGCUCUGAAGUAUCAACACUAUUAUAAUGUUAACAUUGAUAAUAUUAUAAAAUAUUAUACACAAUAUUCAUAUUAACUGACAAUGUGAUUACUGGAAUGCAACAAACGCCAUCAGUGUGAUUGUUUUUGAUGCAAUAAGGCGUCAUUAAUCAAGAUGACAAAUGGUCCAGUCUUAACCAAAGCAGUAUUUGACAUCUCCUCCCUCCAUUUUUAAUGACCUCUGAUCAAAUGGCUUGUCUAUAUUUUGCAACUCAUCCUUGUAAAGUACUUUCCCCUUGAGCCUCAAAGGGAGUUACUCCAGUAGAAAUUAGAGCAGCACUGAUUAAAAUAAGGGAAAACGAGUAAGACAGAUGUUCCUGUGAGACAGGAUGUGAUAUGUAAUGAUAAAACAGGACAUGUUAAUGUUGCAAAUCAAAGACACAUUUUAUGAAUGGCACUUGUGCGCAAUGAGGUUUUAAUUGCCAAGUGCAUUAUUGACAAUAGUGUGUGUGUGUGUGUGCGUGUAUGUCAGUGUGAGUGAAUCUAUAUACUGUGCGAUAAAGGGCCACUGAGUUUUACUUACAUUAAAUGAUGUACAAUACAUAACAAGCACUGUAAUUACACUGCCAUACCUACAUAGUACUUUAUUUUUUUGAGAGACCAUGUCAAAGUGUCAUCAUAUACAGUAUAUAAACACAGGAAUGUUGGGAUGGACUGUCUGCUACGUUGCACAGGUUGAGGUGGUGCAAUAUUGCUAUUAAAAGUAUCUUACCUUC